AUGGAGAACUCCUCAGAGCUCCCUCCAAAUGCUUCAGACAACCUCUUCCCUGUGGAGCCUUCACCAUCUGCCAUCCACCAAACCUUCUGGAUCAUCUCUCUCAUCAUCUACUGCUUAGCCUUUGUCCUGGGCAUAAUUGGAAAUGGGCUGGUGAUCUGGGUGACAGGCUUCCGGAUGACUCGCACAGUCACCACUGUCUUGUUCCUCAACCUGGCCUCAGCAGACUUCACCUUCACUGCCUUCCUGCCCUUCAUCAUCAUUACUACGGCCCUGCAACCCCAUUGGCCCUUUGGCUGGUUCCUCUGCAAACUCGUUAGCUCCAUGUCCGUCUUUAAUAUGUCUGCCAGUGUCUUCCUGCUGACACUCAUCUCUCUUGACCGCUGUGUCUCUGUCCUCUGGCCAGUGUGGACCAGGAAUCACCGCACACCUGCCCGGGCAGCCCUGGCUGCUCUAGGGGCCUGGAUUUUUGCCCUGGCUAUAGCUUUUCCAACAGUAAUCUUUAAGACUACAGUCACAGAGGAUGGGAUAACCUUUUGCUACUCUGACUUGGACCCCUGGAAUGAGACAGCAGAUGAUCAGGACCACUAUGAUGCCCUGGCUGAGAGCCGCCUCUGGUCCCUGGUGCUCAGCCGUUUCUUCCUAGGUUUUGUGAUCCCUCUAGUCAUCAUCAGUGUCUGCUAUGGCCUUAUAGCAGUCAGGCUCUGCAGUGGAAUGAAGAUGGUCAAGUCCAGUAGGCCCUUCAAGGUCCUCACAGCUGUGGUGGCUGCCUUCUUCCUCUGCUGGCUCCCUCAUCAUGUGGUGUCUAUGAUAACAGUCUCCGUGUACCAACAGCCACACCUUGAAGAUCUUUUGCCUUUCCUGAGUCCUCUUUCCUCCUCCCUGGUAUUUGUCAAUAGUUGUCUCAACCCUUUGCUCUAUGUCUUCAUAGGCCGGGACUUCAGGGAGAGACUGCUCAGAUCCCUGCCAGCUGCCCUGGAGAGGGCUCUGAGUGAGGAAUCUGGCCCAACAGGCAUCACGGGGAGCUACUCCAACUCUGCUGCUCCUGCCACUAAUGCCGAAAGCCAGGAGUUAUGA